AUGCCGUUCCAUGAUGUGUCAUUGCGGACGGAGAUGAAACGAUACUUCAUGCUGCAGGAUAUCGUACAGCCAACUGUUCGUGAUACACAACUCGAGCUCGUUGGCGCUGUCACGGUCCCGGUCUCGAUCGAGGAACUCUCUUCAUCCCUACGAGACCCUGGUCAAAUCUGGGAUCCAUUCAGAACCGGGGCAGGAGCGGCGCCAGUCAUCGGUCGACGUCGAGUGCUCCACGCGCUGCAGGCCAUGGUUCUGGUUGAAGAUCAACGCAGCAACGCAGCCGGUCGAGUUGCAGAACAGGAGCAAUUGCAACUGGAUAUCGAGUCUCGAAAGGCUGAUAUGACUGACCUGGACCAAGGUAAGGAAGAGAACAAGCAAGCAAGCAGACAACUGCAGCGAUGGCUUGAGCAAGCUCAAGUUUCGCUCGAAGCCAAUCGGGAAGACACAGCUGGGCGUUUGAACGACGAAAAUCUGCAUAGCUUGCUUUUCGGGAUUUCUGGACCCGAGGAACAGUCCACGAAACCAAGCGGGCAGGAGUUUGAGCCACUAGUCCAGAAACUUGUUGAUGGCGAACAGCCGCCACUCGACACACCCUCAGCUGAGAAGCCUCACUUCGGAGUGGCAGGUCCCAAACAUGAGGAGAAUGAUCCUAUUGAGGAGGAAGCUGAGAGAAACAAGGCGAAGCAAGAAGGGAUACCACAGACUGAGGCGCCGCAAGCCGGAGCUCGUGACCAAGAUGGCUCGAUGAUGCCAGCAUCUAUACGUCCUCUUUUCGAGGCAUUGAACAAUGGUGGCGACUUUAGAUCUUUCAUGAUAGAAGCUCGUGACGUCCUUGUUGCCGAGUGUCUCUCCGCCGAGGCGGCCAUUAAGAACAUCGCGGCAACUACUUCGAGAUGCUCGAGGAUCACCAGGCUGGUCGGGAUCCAUGGUUACCAGGCUGGACACCAAUAUGGUCCAUUGAAGAGCUCGAUAUAG